CCCUUCCAAAACCCUUCCUUCCCCAAAACUCUACUACGUGCCCUUUGAAGUCGCUUCCUUUCUUCCUCCCUUUCACCCUUAUGGCCUUCUCCCCUCUCUCCCAACUCAGCUCCACCUUCCUCCGAUCAUUCCUGAGCUCAAACCGCUUCGCCUUAUCUCCGCCGCCUCUAUCCGUCUCCUCCCAUAACCGUCUCCUUACUCUGGAAAGAAGCUCUGUUCCCCAAAUCCGUCGGCUUCAGUUCUUCUCCUCCGCUUCCGCGGUUGCCAUCGAUAGCGUAGAGGCGGCCCCUUCUGCUCACCCCUGGCCUGAAUGGAGCCAAUUCGUUGAGAAGAUAAGGAGCAAAGGCUACUUCGAGAUUCUCCAUUCCGAGCUUGCAGAUGAUGAAAGGGAGGCUUUCACUGCUGCUACAUCUCCUUCUUUGGACGAUAAAGGGAUCGCCUUAGAUACUAACAGGUUGAAGAACGCUUGCCUCAAGUUUGCUAGAGAGAGAUUUGAUAUUUUAAGGUCUCUGCCUAAGGAAGACAUUAGAGCUAUUGUUCAGUCUGGAUGUCCCAAUCUGUUCAGAAAAUCUGUUAAUUCUGCAAAAAGGUUGAGAGCAUUCUUGAGGCUUGAUGAAGCAGAUGUAUGUUGUGCUUGCAAUAUUCGUGUAUCUUGUGAUAGAGCGUAUAAAAUUGUUCAUGAAGAAGAAGGAGCUCGCACAGUGGAUAUUAUGCGUGUCUUAUUAAGCUAUGCUAUAAAUCCAGCCGCUCUUUUAGGCGGAGAGAAUUCUCCUGUAAGGGUUCAAGUUCAGGAGUCUGCCCGCAAGCUUCUUUCAGAAUUUACUAGAUUGAGUGAUACUAUAAUUGAUCCAGCUCUUCCAAAGCCAGUUCUGAAUCUUAGUAAUCAAAAGGAACCAUCUAGUCAAUUGAAGACAGCCACCAGCAAAAAUAAAAAUUCUCAAAAUGUUGAAAUGAAGAGGGGGGAUUGGUUAUGUCCUAACUGCAAUUUUCUCAAUUUCGCUCGGAAUAUUCGUUGUCUGGAAUGCAAAGCAGAUGGGCCCAAAAAGGUCAAUAACGAUGCCAUGAAAAUGAAACCAGGAGAUUGGACCUGCCCAAAGUGCGACUUCAUGAACUUCGCUCGCAACAAAAAGUGCUUCCGAUGUCUUGAAGAACGGCCCAAGAGAGAUCUAAAUCCCGGAGAUUGGGAAUGCCCCGAAUGCGACUUCCUGAACUUCAGCAAUGCUGUGUGCCGGCGGUGCAACCUGGAUAGGCCCAGCCAUGAAGUCUCUGAAUCCAAAGAUCAUAUCUGGAGGAAAGCAGGAAAUGCCACAAAGAUUAAAGAUUUAAGGUAUGGGGACAGUGAAGAUAAAGAGGAUGAGAGUGAGGAUGACUCAUAACCAGAGAAGAAGAAGAAGAAGAUUUGUGGCCACCCUCUCGACCUGACAAGCUGAAACUUUCUUCAGCUAGAGAAAGAAUUCCAUGAAUCAUGAUGUGCAGAAAUUUGCUUCUGGUUGACAAUGCUGUUAUAUUCUCUAGAAGCUUUUCUUGUUCUUUGCUGAUUCAUGGCUGAAAGCUUUUGCAUUUUUGUUUUUCUGUUUUAGGAACUUUUACUUUUGUUUCUAGGUAGCAAUUUUUUUUAUAUAUUUUUUGGUAAAUUUGUGAAUUAUUUAUUAGUGUCUGUUGGCUGGAGUCUUCUCCUCCAUACUGGCUUUGAAGAUUUGCUUUUGCAUGGAUGUAACGGCUCAUGCCACAUUGUUAUUAAUGCAUUGUAUUUGCUGAUGUUUCCUAUGAUUUUCUAAUGAGGAUCAUGUCAAGAUUUGUCAGGGUAUUGAUUAUUUGUGUA